CUCCUCUGGGGAAGGGCCAGCCAGCAGCCAGGUGGUUGCAGCUUCUGCUAAAGUCAGAUCCUUCCCCUGAUGCUCCAGCUCCUCCCGGGAGUCCUUCUCCCCGCCACUCAGAGCCGCGAAGGCACAGGUGGUCCUGGUGCCCAGUUCCUGCUGCCACCAUGAUGGGCAAACUGCCCCUGGGUGUUGUUUCCCCUUAUGUGAAGAUGAGUUCAGGGGGCUGUGCAGACCCCCUGAAAUUCUAUGCCACCAGCUACUGCACAGCCUACAGUCGGGAGGGCUUCAAGCCCCAAGUCGGUCAGCACAAGGGUGCUGGCUACCAGUCGAAUUACCGACCCAUGAUCAACUACCACCCCAGCUUGGACACCCUGGAUAAUCCUGCCGUAGGAGAGCUGAUUAAGGAUAAUGCUCACUCAGUCUUUACUCAGAGCUACUGCCCGAUGGAGCUGCCGGAUGGCAGCUACCCACUAUCCUGGAGCGUGUACCAGCCUGGAUCCGGCUACGCUAAUGAGAAAACCCACUCCUGUCCCCCUUCCAAAGAGGUCAAGAAAGUCCAUUUCAAUACCCAGGACCACGGCCCACAGACCAUCCCAGGAUUGGAACCCAAGACUGUGCCAGUCCUCCACCAGAGUGUGGGCAAGGGAAGUUCUGACAUGGAGAAUUAUAGAUAUGGUCCCAGAUUUAUGACCUCUGAAUAUGCUUCCAAGUACCGCUAUGAAGUCCCUGCCCAGCCAGAUUUCCUCCAGAAGAAGACAAUCGGGGCCAAGGAGGAGUCGGGCUUUACAGAGCAGACCACCAAGAAUCCCGCAGCCUUCCAACCCCUCCCUGGAGAUCCUUUGCCUCCUCCCAGUAGAAGCACUACCAGGGCAGAUUUCAUCCCCAUGACCACCCCACACGGGGAUGAGUAUUUACCUGUACUGGCCAAAGGUUCUGAGAGAGAGACAGGCUUCAGCCGGCUGAAGGAGAAGGUCCUUCCCCCAGCCCCACCCCCUGGCCCUCUGAGUAUCUCUGAGCCUAGUAGUAUGAGUCACCGCCAGUACCAGGGCAAGCAGUGGAUGCCCCAGACCACCAAUGCCAUGCUGGGACGGGAGAUUCUAGGGUCCAAGGAGCCCUCUGGCUUCAGCACCAACAAUCCUGGCUAUAACCGGGGUCCCCCUGACCCUGAUUGUAGAUUUCUGACCACCUACAACCAAAGAUACUUUAAGAAUAUUCCCCAGGGGCCGGACCGGGAAGGUUGGACCCGAGGAGGAAUCCAGCCCCAGAAGCCUGGUGGCUAUGGGAUUAACCAGCCUGUCACUCAGCAUAACAUAGAGAGUUACCACAAUCCCACAGAAACCUUUAGGAGAUCACACCCCCAUGUGGGCAGAACCCUGACAGCCCUGGAUCCCUUCUACAGAGACAACCCUCACAGCCCAGGCUUUUCUGCCCUGCAUGCCCCAUCCUGAGCUGGUUGUGUCCAGCCCAGGCAGAAGAUAAGAGCUGGGCACAUGGUCUCUUAACUCCCCAACCCCCCCCAAUGGGGCACCUUACCUGCUACUUUUCUAAGGAAAUAAAGAGAUAAUAUUCCA